AUGGAAUCGGAGGGCCCCAUACACACGAUCGACCGCACUCCCGAAUAUGAGGAGUUCAUGGCUCGGCUUAAAGCCUACCAUGCACAACGCGGCACCACUUUGGACCCUGAACCCAAGGUCUCUAACGUGAAUUUGGAUCUUUACAAGACGUUCAAUCUUAUUGUGGCGAACGGUGGAUAUGAUAAAGUAACGGAAGAGAAGUUGCUUUGGCGUAAGAUGCGGGAGAAGCUGGGAAUUCCUACAACCAACGAACCAUCCACAGCCUACCAGCUAAAAGAGAAAUACUAUAAGAACCUGGCGGCGUUUGAAAUCAGUACUGUUCAUGGGAAGGAACCGCCUCCCAAAGAUAUCCUGGAGGAUGUCACGGCAAAGGGCGGGUCUCUGUUGACCCGCACUCGGGAGAACUUCCGUGGGGGAAAACACGAGAGCUCCAUGGCUGGCGACUCGGCUGCCUCUGGGGACGAUGCGACUGCUACCCCUUCACGAGACCGCACCGCUCCUGAAACCACACCUACUAGCGCUAGUCUGCGUGCCUCACGAGGCCUCAGAGAGGCACCCCCCCAGCGAGUGAUCUUUCAACCCGACACAGCUCCGGCCCGCUCGUCGCGUCACUCUUCGGCCACGCAGGCAGCCUCACAUCUUAUCAAUAGCAGCCAGGAUCGACCCAGUGCAACUCCACAGAAUGUCAAUGGCCAGCCGAGCAACUCGCCUGUUCAUUACCCAGCCCACAACCAAACCCCUGGCCAGUUGGCUCACACACCGGUCCCGUUCUCUGCACACGGGCGUGUUCAACGUGGGCCCAGUGACAGCUUCACCCCCCAGGACAGAGAGUACGUUUCGUCGGCUGUGGAUUCGUACCAGCCUGCUUCCUUUCAGCCCAUGCAUGGAAUUCCAUUGCGUCCUGUCGACACGCCAAGCAAUAACCCCAUUGCGUUUGCUCGACGCCGACAUGCGGCGCCGCAGCCACAGCCUCUCAAAGGCCCCCGAUUCCCCCCUGGUGUGAACAUGCCCCCCAGCAUUUACAUCCGCUGUGUGAAUGGCUUGCUGUCCGGCAUACCCAGCGAACAAGCGUUCGCGCUCAACCAUUUGGUCAGAAUCUCGUUUGAGCGAGGAGACAAAUUUCGGUUUGAGCAGUUCGGCGAUCUUGCCCGUGGACUCGUUGAAAAGGUCUUGGAAGUGAGCAGCCUCUUUUACGAAGUCAAGUGGAAUGUUGAUUCGUUACCGCCCUGGUGCAACGCGCCUGGUCCCAACACCCUUUCCAUCGAUGGAACUCCCGACAUCCUCGAGCGCAUUGACUCUCUGAAGCCGAAGCAUCGUAUCGAUUCGGUACAUCCUGCGGACUUUGCAGACCAACUACAGCUCAUCAACGAAGCCGCCCUUACACUCCGCAAUAUGGUCCUCUUGGCCGAUAACGCUUAUUUUCUCUCUAUCAAGGCGCUUGUCGUGAAAGAUGCCAUUUGCAUCGCUCUCAAGCUUCCGCCUCAAGAUUCUGUCAUUGAACUGAAACAUCUAAUGGUCGAGGUUGCCGAGGCUAUCACACCAUACCUGGAGCUCGAGUCUAGCGAUCCUCUUUACAAGGUCCUCAUGGACUGCGUCGACUCAGACGACCUCGGUAUGGUUCUCGGCUGCCUGCGUGCGCUUACCCGGAUCUCUAUUUACUCCGAAGAGACCAACAAAUUGGAGAACGUUCCAGCGAGUGUCCUUCGGAGAGUUUGCACCUGGCUGCUCGUGGACGACAAUGAGCUGAAAGAUGCCUGCCUCGACUUUCUCUAUCAGUACACCGCUGUCGUUUCUAAUGUUGAUAGCCUCCUUAGCUCGAUUGAGUGCCAGCACCUGGUUACUCACCUUGUACGCCUCCUUUCGCAUGGCGCCAAGCAGGUCCAGCGUCAGAUCAUCAUGACCCCGGAACUAAAGGUCGCCCCUCCCGAGUUGCCUUGUCCCAUGCCGCCCGAUCUACUCCAAGAUCUCUUGAAGUUGAACGAGCCUGAGCGAUGUCAGGCAUGGGUCAGGUGCUUCUUCGAGGAGGACAAAGAUUCCUUCGUCACUCAGAUCACAGCCUGGCAGGCGUAUCAGAACGCCUUCACCGCGGCCCUAAAAACAAUUGGGCAGUUCCUGAUCACGCCCGCCGACUUUAUUCGCAACAGUACGACUGUCUACAAGGAGUCCAAGGCUGAGGUUCUGACGACGGAUGGCCCUGGCGAGCAGCCGCAGCAGAAAUUCAUUAUUCAGGGGAUCCGCGCACGUCGGCUGCCCAUCGGCCUUGAUGGCAAAGAAUACCGCCGCUGCCUCUGGGAUUCCGAGAGACCCGGGGAGAAGUGCGGUCUCUUCUUCCACAAUACAGACGACAUGGCGACCCAUGUGACGAUGGCCCAUCUAGGUAUCACCAAGAACAGCGAUGGUCUUUUCCCGAACGUGACAAAGCCAUUCGCGUGUCUUUGGGCGGAUUGCACCACAUUUAGCUCGCCCGUCGCACAGGAGUUCGGCGUCUUUGCCCGUCAUCUCGCAACCCAUGCCGCGUGCCUCUUCCCCCAUAACGUGGGAAAGGCACUCUCCGGCAGUUCGCGGCCGAACUGGGUCCAGCCCGCGAAACUCUUGACUCUGACCUACUUGGAAACACCGACAGCCCCAGAUGAGAGGAACCCUUCGGCGCCUCCCCGCCCGGGGGGCAUUCCCCUCAGUGCAGCUCUCAUUCUGCGCAACAUUGCGCGGAACGUUCCCAAGACGCAGGCGGAGGAGGCUCUUUUGAACCAGGGCCAGUCGGGCGGCUGGAACGAACGGUUGUUCCUCGCCGUGCGUCCGCAUCUGUUCUACCUCCUCGCCCAUAACCAGCCUCUAGUAAGAUUCCUACCUAACCUCUAUGUUGUUUUGCAAGGCAUACUGACAGCCCUCCCUCUGUAG